AUGCAAACUGCUUCUAAAAACAUUUGUGAAAAAAUGGAUUGCUCUCAGGGGCUUGGUGAAUUCAAGCGUGGUACUGUGAUAGGUUGCCACCUGUGCAAUAAGUCCAACCGUGAAAUUUUCUUGCUACUAAAUAUUCCACGGUCAACUGUUACUGGCAUUAUAACAAAAUAGAAGCAACUGGGAACAACAGCAACUCAGCCACAAAGUGAGCGAGGUCAGCGCAUUGCUGAAGCACACAGUGUGCAGAAGUCGCCAACUGUCUGCAGAGUCAGCAGCUAAAGACAUCCAAACUUCAUGUGGCCUUCAGAUUAGCACAACAGUCUGUAGAGAGCUUCAUGGAAUGGGUUUCCAUGGCUGA